AUGGGGAAGUCAGACUUUCUUACCCCCAAGGCCAUCGCUAAUAGGAUUAAAUCCAAAGGGCUUCAAAAGCUGCGCUGGUAUUGCCAGAUGUGUCAGAAGCAGUGCCGGGACGAGAGGUUUCUAAUAAUCAGGGAAUUCCGCAAUGACUUUCUAGAACUUCUCAGGAGACGCUUUGGCACCAAACGAGUCCAUAACAAUAUUGUCUACAAUGAGUACAUCAGCCACCGAGAGCACAUCCAUAUGAAUGCUACUCAGUGGGAAACCUUGACUGAUUUUACUAAAUGGCUGGGCAGAGAAGGCCUGUGCAAAGUGGAUGAGACCCCCAAAGGCUGGUAUAUUCAAUACAUAGACAGGGACCCAGAGACCAUUCGCCGGCAGCUGGAGCUAGAGAAGAAGAAGAAGCAGGACCUUGAUGAUGAAGAAAAAACUGCCAAAUUUAUUGAAGAACAAGUGCGAAGAGGUCUGGAAGGGAAGGAGCAGGAGGCACCUGUCUUUACGGAAUUAAGCAGAGAAAAUGAUGAAGAGAAAGUUACAUUUAAUCUGAAUAAAGGCGCAUGCAGUUCAGCAGGAGCAGCAUCUUCCAAAUCAAGUUCCUUGGGGCCAAGUGCACUGAAGACUCUCGGGAGUACGGCAUCAGUGAAACGAAAAGAAUCUUCCCAGAGCUCAGCUCAGUCUAAAGAAAAGAAGAAAAAGAAAUCAGCACUGGAUGAAAUCAUGGAGAUUGAAGAGGAAAAGAAAAGAACUUCUCGAACAGACUAUUGGCUACAACCUGAAGUAAUUGACAAAUACACAGCCGUUGUAAAGAUGAUUGAUUCUGGAGACAAGCUGAAACUUGACCAGACUCAUUUAGAGACAGUAAUUCCAGCACCAGGAAAAAGAAUUCUAGUUUUAAAUGGAGGUUACAGAGGAAAUGAAGGAACUCUAGAAUCCAUCAAUGAAAAGACUUUUUCAGCAACUAUAGUCAUUGAAACUAGUAUCUGUAGUUUUCAGAACAUGUAA